AAUUCAGCGAUAUAACUCUAAUGUUGUUAUCGACAGUGAUAUCGACGCGUUUUUCAGUAAAUUUUCUCUUGGCCACACUUAACAAAAAAAAUGAAGUCGGAAACGGGUACAUACGACGAAGUCAAAAACGAAAGCAUUGGCAAAGUACGCAGGCUAUACCAUCAGAAGUAUAGAGACGAGUGGGAAAAAUAUCCAGAUUACAGAGACUGGCUUUGUCGGGCAGACGAUGGCUACUCCGCCCAUUGCAGGAUUUGCGACACCAAUGUUCUGCCACGGUUGGCUUCAAUUAAGCAGCACCUCAACACUGCAAAGCAUCAGAAGGCCAUCGGUAACACUAGCUUUGAGUCUAAGAUAAAGUGUGAGCCGUACAUAAAACAGGAGAAAGAGCACGGAUCACACACGCAACGAAAAAUUAAAGCGAAGCGACCCAAGACGGAGAAACAAUAUGAAAUUGAGGCAAUAGAGCCCGAUAUAUGCUCCAAUGAUUCCAUUCUUGAUGAUUUAUUAGGCAAUGAUGAUAUGAAUUCACAAUAUAUACAGGAGAUGAGCGACCAGGAUAUGGACGUUGAGUCCAGACAGGAGCAACUGCAAGAUGAAGAACUUCGUAUAGAUAAUUUAGAGGACAAGAGUGUCUCCGAAGAUCAUAUAAUAAGCGAAUUUGAUUUGUUUGGCAAAAGUGUUUCACUGCAGUUAAAUAAUAUGGAUCUGGAAGAUGCUUUGUUAUGCCAGGAACGCUUACAGGUGGUACUAACCGAGUUUCGACUAAGGAUACUGAAACGUAAUUCAAAACGCAACUUUUAAUAUUAUUAAACUAGUUACUUAUUAUGCAAAAAUUUCAUUACAUAUUUACACAUGUAACACAACUUAGUAAUU